AUGUUCAGGGCUACAACACGCACUCGCAUUCAUUGGAUUACACCUUGCCGAUCUCGAUUCACCAUUUCUCCUUGCCGUCAUGCUUAUCCAAGUCUCUUCCCCACUCGCACAGCAUCGUCCACUUCAACAACGGUGAUUCAACCUGGCAUCAAAGGACGAUCCAAGCAAGACAUUAUGAAGUUCUUGUACGGCCACCAACAACGACCUGUGCCUGGAGGCAAACCCAACACGAUCUUGACGCAUUGUCCUCAUUGUCUUUAUAUUCGCAAGUCGAGUUUUGCAGCGUCAGUGAAUAUCGAAACGGGGACGUAUAGUUGUAAGACGUGUCAUUCAAGUGGCAGCUGGCAACAGUUUACAAAGACAUUACGCAAGAAGCUCGCACACAACAAUCGCCCUGACUACGCCAUCCAAGGAUCAUCAGACCUAUUCUCCAAUACGCAACCCGCUUUUGAGCAUUCAAUUGAAACGAUUGCCGCCUAUCCUUCACAGCUUUCAGAUGCAGCAUUGACAACAGUAGCCGACCGAUAUCAUUUACGACCUGAUGUCAUGCGAAAGUAUCAAGUGGGACUUGGCGAAUACAAAGACACGGCAUGUUUGACGUUUCCACAAACAGUACUCGUUUAUGGCCAAGAGAAUGACGCGUUUCAGGUGGAGACAAUGCGUGUCAAAGCAUGUGGACUUGAGAAUGAUGCAUUGAUCACCUAUGAUCCACCUACGGCUACACAUCAUGCGACCGGUUUAUUCGGAUAUCACACCAUUCCAUCGGAUGCGGAUACAAUCAUUCUUACACGACGUGAAGUGGAUGCUAUGGCUGCUUAUCAAGCAACGGGUGUACCAAGUGUGUCAUUGCCUACCAGCGACUAUUAUCAACUCCAUGAAUCAGUCUUGCCAUUGUUGGAGCGAUUUUCAAAGAUUUACGUGUGGAUGGAUAAGGAUAUGGAUGGUCAAAUGGCGUCUGAACGAUUCGCUUCCAAGCUAGGAGAUGCUCGUUGUUUGCUGAUCAACAAUCAACCACUACCUCAUGAUGCAUUGGUGCAGGGAGAUGAUUUAUCCGGCAUGCUACAAUCAGCUCAAUCGAUCAAGCACGAUGAGAUUAUGGAUUUCACCGAUUUACGUGAUCUUGUUCAAAAAGAAGUCCUUUAUCCAGAACAAACCCAAGGCGUUCAAUCCACGGAUCUACCAUCGCUCAAUGGUAUUCUCAAAGGACAUCGUCCAGGUGAACUUACCAUCCUUACGGGUUCCACCGGUGCGGGCAAGACGACCAUCAUUAGUCAGAUCAGCCUUGAUUAUUGCAAGAGUGGUGUGCCUACACUAUGGGGCUCCUUUGAGAUUGUCAAUCGACGCUUGGCCAAAAAGAUGUUGUAUCAGUAUGCAGGAAAGGAUAUCAGCAAAUCACCAGAGGAAUUCGAUCAAUGGGCAUCUGAAUUUCAACAACUUCCCCUCUACUUUUUAAAGUUCUUCAGCAGUACAGCUGUGCGUGAUGUAUUGGAUGCUUGUCGACAUGCUGUUUACGCCUAUGAUGUACGCCACAUUAUUUUGGACAACUUACAAUUCAUGCUGUCACAACAAGGUCGGUCGCACCAGGAUCGGUGGGAGCUUCAAGAUGACGCCAUUGCUGAGCUACGACGUUUUGCCACUGAACAAGAUGUACAUAUUACUCUGGUGGUGCAUCCUCGUAAGGAUUCGGGUGAACAACUAGACAUCAAUUCUGUUUUUGGCAGUGCCAAGGUGACUCAGGAAGCUGACAACGUGAUCAUUAUCCAACGUACUACCAGCUCCCUUGAUAUUAAAAAGAACAGAUUUGAUGGCACACUUGGCUCAAUUCCUUACAAGUUUAACCGUGACUCAUUAAAGAUCGAGGAGCUAUCUCAGGAUGAGCUAAACCAAAGGGAACGAGCACUAAGGAAUACUCUCUCUUCACAAUCCUCUCGUACGGUAUAUCCAAGGAAACGCUUUCCAUAG